AAACAUAAGAAAAAUAACCCAAUACUUAUUAUUAUCUUGUACAUUUAUUAUUUGAAUCUUUUACGGCGUGCCGUGUAGUGCUAGUUGCCUACAUCGCAAGACGUUCAGAUGCUUCUGAAACUUAUUGAAUAUAAUCAUAAAAGAGAUAAUCAAAUUUUCAUAUACUUCUAUCAACAAUUACCUAUAAAAUAAUUUGCAACUCAUUUUCUACAUAUGUAUAUUAUUUUCAGGAUAUGUUUUGCGACAUUAACUGUUGCUGCGACGAAGACUGCUCUACCGAAAAUAAAGAAGUAUUUCAAUACUGUUUACCAGAACCCAGAUUUUUCGAUGCUAGGUUUUGUGACUACAUGAAAUAUAUUUAUAUUAAUAAUACUCCAGUGCAAUGGCACAUAAACCAAAAUGGAAUGUUUUGUAUUAUUAAAAGCAAUUAUCCAAAGUCCUACAUCCUACAGCGCAUAGACCCAAUAAAAAAUUUUGACGAAUCUCAAAUGGAAAAAACAAAUAAAUUUUCGUGGUCUAAGCUGCAUUCUGAUACAAAUGAAGAUUUUAAUUCUUCUUUGAAAUUAAUGUACGGAACUCCUAUAUGGCUUUUGAGUAGAAGAGGAUUCCACAAGUUUGGGAUUCCCAAUAGUUUUGUAAGAAAAAAUUGUUUAAUAAAGGAAGAGGUUUUUUAUUUGAAAAAUUUUGAAACCGAAUGCUUCCAAACUGAUUUAAUUGAAAGUAAUCCAAAUUUGAAUUUGCAAAAUUAUUAUGAAAACAUUUUUUUUCUGUCUCAUCCAAUGUUGAUAGAUAUAAAAAAUUGGAAGGAAAAAAUUAUUGAGAACUGUCCGGAAAACGUAUGUCUAUCAAUAGUUCCAAAAGUAUGUGACGAGACUUUUAAUAACUGCGAAUAUAUCUUAAAAAAUAAUACAGAAAGAAUAACAACCCGGUGCAAUUUCGCAAUUUCCAGUAAAAUGAAUACAUGUUACAAUAUCGUCAAAAAAUUGAAAUACAAUAUUUUCCAUAAUGGUACUAAAGGAAUAAUCUCAGUAUCAUUAUUAGCAGUUAUGGCCAACAUAACCUAUGAGUUCGGGGAAAACCCUUUCGAAUUUAAACAAGAAUUUUCUGUAAACUUUCUUUGGGAAAAUAAUAAAGAGAAAGCAGUUAUAAGUUUAAGCGGUAAUCCUGGAUACUUGAUAGGAAAACCGAUACUGAUAAGCAGAUUAUUAGAAAUUAAAAACGGUACAGAUUUGAUAAUGAAAAUAGAAAGAAAUAUUACUAACAAUUUGGAAAGUGUUUAUGUAAUUCCCAAAACUUUCAAUGGCGACUGUCUAUUGAAUAAAAGCGAAUUCACUAAUUUAGAAUUUGGCUACAACCUUCUAAAUAAAUGUAAAUUUCAAACAACGGUCUAUAAUGACAAAAAAAUUGUAAACGCCACUGAAUUGUGUAGAGCAAUUCAAGGAUCAAUCCUUAACGUAUGGAAUAUAAAGAACAAUACCAUGGUAGGCCUGUUCGGUAAUGCUAACGCAAUGAAAUUCGACGAUUGGCAGAAAAUAUUGUACAAAAUUGAUCCAGAUAGUUUGAUGAACAGUACAAUUGGACUGUAUUCUUCGAAAAAAAGUUACAUAUUUUGUAGAAAUUUAAUAAGCGAACUAGAGAUUGAUAUAUUUCACUCAAAAGUAGAUAUUGAUUCAUUACUAAAUCAAGAAAAGAUUUUAGCUUUAUCCAUAUCUUUUGGAGGUUUCACAAAUAAAUCGUUAUAUUAUAGGAAAAAUAGUAGCUCCGUUUAUUUCGAAAGCGAACUUAAAACAUUUGUCACAUUCUAUGAUUUAACUGCAAAAAAAGAGAGAUUGGCAGCUAGUCCGCCAAGUUUGAAUAUGAAACUGCCUUAUGAUUUCUUUUAUCCAUUUGUACGAGUCAAUAAUGGCAGUGUUGGUGUUAAAUUUUAUUUAUUUGCCAUACUUUUAUGUUUAAAUGUGGUAUUUGUUUAAUAAAUGUUUUUUUUAAUUUUU